AUGUCACCAUACCGGCUGGUAUUUGGGAAGAUGUGUCAUCUGCCGGUGGAAGUUGAGCAUCAAGCUUACUGGGCAAUCAAGGAAAUGAAUAUGAAUACCGAGGUUGGAGCUGCAGAGAGGAGAAUGCAGUUACAGGAGCUGGAAGAGCUUCGUCUGGACGCCUAUGACUCUGCCAUACUGAAAUUGAUGCCAGGAAAGCUCAGAUCUAGGUGGAUAAGUCCUUAUACCAUUAUCGCCAUCCGAGCGAAUGGAGCAAGCGAACUCCAAGGAAGCGAUCCUGAUUCACCUUCUUUCAUGGUGAAUGGACAUAUGGUUAAACCAUACAGAGAAGGAAUGGAGGCAUUUGUAGUGGACGACAUUCCACUACUAAUGCCUAACUCUCCCCAGUAG